CUGCCAGUCGCAUCGGGCAACACCACAGCAAGCUCUCUCAAGUGUUUUUUUUAAUGGCUGUCAGUUUUAAUGGUUGGAUUUCUCUAAGCUCGAACCUGAAAGAAAGUCAUCUUUCGACCCGAAACGGCUUCUUUCUUUCGCGUUACUGUGUUUAAUCUGGUGCACGGAAGUUGCCAGCUACAGCUCCCCAGCCCGAAACACCAACUGUGGGGCCCCAGUCGCGGUGGCCACAUUCAGUCAGCCAAGAGCGUAGCAAAUAUCAGUCGAUAAUUACGACGAAACGGAACGCCCUGGGUCUGUGCCUGGCUGGUUCGUGUAAAUAAACCACGUUGGAGUGAUUCUUUUUCCACCCCCCCUCGUGUAAUCGUGUAAUUGACGAAACCACACAACAGCACGCAGUAGACGGAAGGAAGCAUUGAAGGAUCUCUCCCUAAUCCAAUGUCUAAACUAAACUCCCAUGGGGCUACAGGGCUUAAGAAUAUUAAUCUUGAAGAGAUAUGGACCGAUCUGGAAGCAGGGAUAAAGCAGGUGUACAAACGGGAGCUCAGUUUGGGCAUCGCACGCUACAUGGAACUCUACACACAUGUCUACAAUUACUGUACGAGUGUCCACCAGCAGCCCAACUCGCGCACGGGCUCGUCGAAGAUAUCGAAAAAAGGCAUCAGCGCACCGCCGGGCGGGGCCCAGCUGGUCGGCCAGGAGCUGUACAAACGGUUGAAGGAGUUUCUCGAGAACUACCUCGUGCGGUUGCACCAGAAUGGCAUCGAUCUGAUGGACGAGGAAGUGCUGAGCUUCUACACCAAGCGCUGGGAGGAGUAUCAGUUCUCGAGCAAGGUGCUGAACGGUGUCUGCGCCUACCUGAACCGGCAUUGGGUGAAGCGCGAGUGCGAGGAGGGCCGUAAGGAUGUGUACGAGAUCUACCAGCUGGCGCUGGUGACCUGGCGCGGCAACCUGUUCAAGCAUCUGAACAAGCAGGUAACGAACGCCGUGCUGAAGCUGAUCGAGCGCGAGCGCAAUGGGGAAACGAUCAACUCCCGGCUGGUGUCCGGUGUCAUCAACUGCUACGUCGAGCUCGGCCUCAACGAGGACGAUCCGCACGCCAAGGGUCAGAAUCUGUCGGUGUACAAGGAAAGCUUCGAGAACAUAUUCCUGGAGGAUACGGAACGAUUCUACACGCGCGAGAGUGCCGAAUUUUUGCGCGAAAAUCCCGUCACCGAGUACAUGAAGCGGGUGGAGCUGCGCCUGAACGAGGAACAGAAACGUGUACAGGUGUACCUGCACGAAAGCACACUGGACCGGCUGGCGGAGAAGUGUGAGCGUGUGCUGAUUCACAUUCAUCUCGAUCAGUUCCGGACCGAGUUCCAGAACUUGCUGAACUCGGACAAGAACCAGGAUCUGGGCCGCAUGUACUCGCUGGUCGCCCGCAUCAAGGCCGGUCUGUACGAGCUCAAAGAAAUCCUAGAAACUCACAUCCACAAUCAGGGCCUGGCGGCAAUAGAGAAAUGUGGAGACUCUGCUGUAAAUGACCCGAAAAUUUACGUCCAAACCAUUCUGGAAGUACACAAGAAAUACAACGCAUUAGUACUUACUGCUUUUAACAACGACAGCGGUUUCGUGGCAGCGCUCGAUAAGGCGUGCGGCAAGUUCAUCAACACAAACGCCGUCACCGAGCUGAGCAGAAGCGCCAGCAAGAGCCCCGAGCUGUUGGCUAAGUAUUGUGAUUUGCUGCUGAAGAAGUCUAGUAAAAAUCCGGAGGAAGCGGAACUGGAGGACACGCUCAAUCAAGUGAUGGUUGUGUUCAAGUACAUCGAAGAUAAGGAUGUGUUCCAGAAGUUCUACAGCAAGAUGCUGGCGAAACGGCUUUGCCAACACAUGUCGGCCAGCGACGAUGCGGAAGCGUCCAUGAUAUCGAAGCUGAAGCAGGCCUGUGGCUUCGAGUACACCAGCAAACUGCAGCGGAUGUUCCAGGACAUCGGUGUGUCGAAGGAUCUGAACGAUCAGUACCGGAAGCAUCACGAGAAGCUGCGGGACACGCGCAGCACGACACAGAACGAGAUAGAUUUCAGCAUUCUGGUGCUAUCGAGCGGAUCGUGGCCAUUCGGCCAGGGCUUUACAUUCUCCCUGCCCUUUGAGCUGGAACAGUCGGUCCAUCGAUUUAACAAUUUCUACGCCAAGCAACAUUCCGGCCGUAAACUGAACUGGUUGUACAAUAUGUGUCGCGGCGAGCUCAUUACGAACUGUUUCCGAAUGCGAUACACACUGCAGGCUAGUACCUUCCAAAUGGCCGUGCUGUUGCAAUUCAACGAAGAAACGGCCUGGAGUAUCAAGCAGUUGGGAGAAAACACUGGUAUCAACAAUGAAAAUCUUAUACAAGUGCUUCCAAUUUUGCUGAAGACGAAGCUACUUAACUGCUACGAAGGCGAAGGCAAGCUACACCCAGACUCCACCAUCGAGCUGAACAAGGACUUUAAAAACCGUAAACUCCGCAUCAACAUCAACUUCCCGCUGAAGUCGGAACUGAAGGUGGAACAGGAAGCGACACACAAAAACAUCGAGGAAGAUCGUAAGAUACUCAUCCAGGCGGCGAUCGUGCGUAUCAUGAAGAUGCGAAAGAUGCUCAACCACACGCAGCUCGUGAACGAAGUGUUGAAUCAACUGUCCACACGAUUUAAGCCGAAGAUUCAAGUGAUAAAGAAAUGUAUCGAUAUUCUGAUAGAGAAAGAAUAUCUGGAACGUCAGGAAGGACAAAAGGAUACCUACAGCUAUCUGGCUUGAUCAGUGAUAAUUUUAAUCAGUAGUGUAGUUAUCUAAAACAAAAACACGUAUUUUCAAUAUCAAACAUCCUAGCUGAGCGUACGUAAAAUACAAAAUCCCCCUCCUCCUCUAAGACAGAACAAAGGUGCGCCAUUGUGAAAACACCUACAAAGAAGGAUAGCAACGUUUAAAUAGUAAAUAGAGGCGAUAGGCGCGAUCAAACGUGACGUAAAAAAACGCAAACCAACAUAAACACGAAUGUAUCUUGAUAAACCAUACAGUGUGCAGCCACAGCCUCUCGGCCAAGGAGCGGGACAGGGACAUGUUACAGUAAAAAAAACCCUCAGACACAUCCACAACAGCCAAAACGGUCCCGGAAAGAGUGCGUGCGUGUGUGAUCGCACAUAAAGAAACAAUGAUGUGUGAGAUGCAGAGAACUAUGUAGAAAUGAUGUGUGGAAUUGCUCAUGCUGAAUGGACAAUUCCACCGGAACCGGAAACAAUGCCAGUAGCAGCAGGGGCAGCGACUGCAGCUAGCAAAAGGCGUGAGGCGCGUUGGAAGUGGAACGUAAAGGGCAGACAGACGAGAAGAGACAGAGGGAGAACAACAACAAAAAGCUAUAGAAUAAUAAUAUUGGUUGUCUGUUUUGUCUUA